AUGGGUAGGGAGAACGAUCAGCGAUUCCUACUGCUGAUCGGUUGCCUACUAGCGGCGUCCAGUAGCAAUGCCGAGAUCACGACCGUCCUGGGCCAGAACGGGUACGACUACACUCCACCGAAGGUUCCCUUUCCGCCACCACCCAGUUGUCCGGCCGGAGGCGUUCCUCCGUACUGUUGUACUAAUGGCGGCCAAGGACCAAACUGUGUAGUUCCGACACCGCCACCACCACCAAGUUGCCCUUCUGGAGGUGUUCCACCGUACUGUUGCACCAACGGAGGAACCGGACCUAACUGCUACGUCCCUCCACCACCGACUCCUCCUCCAACGAGACCACCACCGCCGCCACCACCAAGCUGCCCAGCUGGAGGAGUCCCGCCGUACUGCUGUACCAACGGAGGAUCUGGACCAAAUUGUUAUGUCCCUCCUCCGCCAACUCCUCCGCCAACUCGUCCUCCUCCACCACCACCACCAAGUUGUCCAGCAGGAGGAGUCCCACCGUACUGCUGUACUAAUGGAGGAUCUGGACCCAAUUGUUAUGUACCUCCGCCGCCAACUCCUCCUCCAACCCGACCACCACCGCCGAGUUGUCCUGCUGGAGGAGUCCCACCAUACUGCUGUACCAACGGAGGAUCUGGACCGAACUGCUAUGUGCCACCACCGCCAACUCCUCCUCCGACAAGACCACCACCACCAAGCUGCCCAGCUGGAGGAGUCCCACCGUACUGCUGUACCAACGGAGGAUCUGGACCGAACUGUUACGUACCUCCUCCACCAACUCCUCCUCCGACUCGACCUCCACCACCACCGACUCGUCCACCGAGCUGUCCGGCCGGAGGCGUCCCACCGUAUUGCUGCACGAACGGAGGAUCGGGACCGAACUGCUACGUUCCGCCUCCGCCAACUCCUCCACCGACACGACCACCACCUCCGAGUUGCCCUGCCGGAGGAGUUCCGCCGUAUUGCUGCACCAACGGAGGAUCCGGACCGAACUGCUACGUUCCUCCACCCCCAACUCCUCCACCAACACGUCCUCCUCCACCACCUCCAACCCGUCCACCUAGCUGCCCAGCUGGCGGUGUUCCACCGUACUGCUGUACGAAUGGCGGCCAAGGACCGAACUGCGUCGUUCCCACACGCCCCCCGAAAGGUGACGAGUACCUACCGCCAUGUCCGAACGGUGGCCAAGGGCCGAACUGUGUAGAACCUACGCGCCCGCCUGUAACUCCAGCUCCAAGGCCACCAUUUGGAUGUCCUAAUGGAGGAGUUCCACCAAACUGCUGCACCAACGGCGGACAAGGACCGAACUGUAUGAUUCCACGACCACCUCCGCCACCACCGAGCUGUCCUUCGGGCGGUGUUCCCCCGUACUGCUGUACUAACGGAGGUACUGGUCCCAACUGUUAUGUCCCACCUCCUCCUACGCGUCCACCAACCCGUCCACCACCUCCGCCAACUCGUCCACCGAGCUGCCCAGCUGGAGGUGUCCCUCCGUACUGUUGUACCAACGGAGGAUCUGGACCGAACUGUUAUGUCCCUCCUCCACCAACUCCUCCGCCAACUCGUCCCCCACCUCCACCGACUCGUCCACCGAGCUGCCCGGCCGGAGGAGUUACGCCGUAUUGCUGCACUAACGGAGGAUCAGGCCCGAACUGCUAUGUUCCGCCUCCCCCAACUCCUCCUCCAACUCGCCCACCCCCAACACGACCACCAAGCUGCCCGGCUGGAGGAGUUCCUCCAUACUGCUGCACUAAUGGCGGUUCUGGUCCCAACUGCUAUGUGCCACCACCGCCAACUCCUCCACCAACUCGCCCACCACCACCGCCGACGCGCCCACCGAGCUGCCCAGCUGGCGGAGUCCCACCUUACUGCUGCACUAACGGAGGAUCCGGUCCUAACUGUUACGUACCUCCGCCGCCAACACCUCCGCCAACACGGCCACCGCCACCACCGCCAACACGACCACCGAGCUGCCCUGCGGGAGGUGUCCCGCCGUAUUGUUGUACGAAUGGAGGAUCUGGACCAAAUUGUUAUGUCCCUCCACCCCCAACUCCGCCACCUACCCGACCACCUCCGCCGCCGACGCGCCCGCCGACGCGCCCGCCGAGCUGCCCUGCAGGAGGCGUCCCACCGUAUUGCUGUACCAACGGAGGAUCCGGACCGAACUGUUACGUACCACCACCACCGACACCACCACCAACGAGACCACCACCACCUCCAACUCGUCCUCCAGCUUGCCCAUCCGGUGGUGUUCCACCUUACUGCUGCACCAAUGGAGGUUCUGGACCGAAUUGCGUCGUGCCGACGAGGCCUCCUCCACCUCCACCGACGCAAGGCAAUGAGUAUCUUCCUCCGUGCCCUAACGGUGGUGUUGGACCAAGCUGCCAAGUUCCGCCAACGCGUCCACCAUCUUGUCCGUCCGGUGGAGUACCGCCUUACUGCUGUACUAAUGGUGGAACAGGACCUAACUGCUACGUACCACCACCUCCUACUCGCCCGCCAACACGACCACCACCACCACCAACGCGCCCACCUAGCUGUCCAUCAGGUGGAGUACCGCCGUAUUGCUGCACUAAUGGAGGAUCUGGUCCUAACUGUUACGUACCCCCGCCGCCAACACCUCCUCCAACGCGACCACCACCGCCACCGCCACCAAGUUGUCCGGCAGGAGGAGUCCCACCGUACUGCUGUACUAAUGGAGGAUCUGGACCCAACUGUUACGUACCUCCGCCGCCAACUCCACCUCCUACUCGUCCUCCACCACCACCGACUCGUCCUCCAAGCUGCCCGGCCGGAGGCGUCCCACCGUAUUGCUGCACCAACGGAGGAUCCGGACCGAACUGCUACGUUCCUCCUCCGCCAACUCCUCCACCGACACGACCACCACCUCCGAGCUGCCCAGCGGGAGGUGUUCCACCAUAUUGUUGUACCAACGGAGGAUCUGGACCGAACUGCUACGUCCCUCCGCCACCAACACCACCUCCUACUCGUCCUCCUCCACCCCCGACCCGUCCUCCAUCUUGCCCAGCCGGUGGUGUUCCACCGUAUUGUUGUACCAACGGAGGAUCUGGACCGAACUGCUACGUCCCUCCGCCACCAACACCGCCUCCUACCCGUCCUCCUCCACCCCCGACCCGUCCACCAUCUUGCCCAGCCGGAGGUGUCCCACCAUACUGUUGCACAAAUGGAGGAAGUGGCCCCAACUGCUAUGUGCCUACUCGACCGCCGCCACCACCGCCAACUCCUGGAAAGGAUGAAUACCUGCCACCAUGCACCAAUGGGGGAGUCGGACCGAAUUGUGUUAUUCCUCCAAUUCCUCGACCAACACCGCCUCCACCAAGCUGUCCAUCAGGUGGAGUACCACCGUAUUGCUGCACUAACGGAGGAUCUGGUCCUAACUGUUACGUACCCCCGCCGCCAACUCCUCCUCCUACUCGUCCUCCACCACCAAGUUGUCCUGCAGGAGGAGUCCCACCAUACUGUUGUACGAAUGGUGGAUCUGGACCGAACUGCUAUGUGCCACCACCACCAACUCCUCCACCAACGCGUCCUCCACCACCACCUCCAACCCGUCCCCCAAGCUGCCCAGCUGGAGGAGUCCCGCCGUACUGCUGUACCAACGGAGGAUCUGGACCGAACUGUUAUGUCCCUCCUCCGCCAACUCCUCCCCCGACUCGACCUCCACCACCACCACCACCUACUCCAGCACCUGGUUGCACUAAUGGUGGUGUGCUGCCUUUCUGCUGUACCAACGGUGGUCAGGGGCCGAAAUGUGAAGUACCGUCGCACACGUUGGAAGAAGACGGAUAUCAUUACAAACGACCUAAUAAACCGUUCACAUUCUAG